GUCGCUUUGACCAAGCGAUUCACUUUUUCGUAGCCAGUUGGAGUGCAGUCCACCAGUGAUCAUGUCAAACACGGCAGAAGACAGAUGUGAAGGAAGUGUUGCUCAACACAACAGGACAGCAACAGACAGUGCGGCAUGCACUGAGAACCUAACGGAGACGGAUGCCUUCAUUAGAAGCAGCUCUUUAGCUUUGGACCCUGCAGAGGAGUACAAGAUGGACAACAAAAAACGAGGCCUCGCACUCAUCUUUAACCAGGAGCGCUUCUUCUGGCGCCUUGGCUUAAAUGACAGGCAUGGAACCAAUGCUGACCGCUCCAACCUGGAGAGAAGACUGAAUGACCUGAAUUUUGAAGUGAGGGCUUACGAUAACUACAAACAGGUGGAAGUUUUAGAUCAAAUCAGUGAAGCCGCAGAAGCCAACCAUUCAGACGCAGACUGCUUUUUGCUCGUCUUCCUGAGCCACGGCGAGAACGAUCACGUUUACACCUACGACGGCAAGAUCAGCAUUCAGAGCAUCACGUCCCUGUUCAAAGGAGACCAGUGCAAGAGCCUCGUGGGAAAGCCAAAGAUCUUCAUAUUACAGGCAUGCCGCGGAGACAAGCACGACAAUCCCGUGACUGCCUGUGAUGCUGUGGACAGCGAGCUGAAGACGAAUGAAGUGGUGGUGGACGCCAGUGCUAUAUACACCCUCCCUGCUGGGGCCGAUUUCAUCAUGUGCUACUCUGUGGCUGAAGGCUAUUAUUCCCACCGGGAGACCAUCAAUGGCUCCUGGUAUGUCCAGGAUCUGUGUGCGCUGCUUCAGAAGUAUGGGGACUCCCUUGAAUUCACAGAACUACUGACGCUGGUCAACAGGAAGGUCUCCAUGAGGACUGUUGGGAACAGUAAUGACCGCACUGCCAUUGGGAAGAAGCAAGUACCUUGCUUUGCUUCGAUGCUCACCAAGAAACUUUACUUCCGUUAAAAUAAUUAACAGUUUCAGAACUCAGUCAUGGCAUUAUUACAUGGGAAACAGUGUCUACUGGGAAUUUGACUGUUUUCUCUAUUUUUGCUCAUAAAUGCAUAUUAUUGGCAGCCGUAGUAUUUACAGUGAAAUCAGUUGUUAUAAAAUAACAGGAACAACUUCUAUUCACAUGCACUAAAGUAAUAUGACUAUUCCUGGCUUUAGGCCAUCAUUCCACUUCUGAAACGUCAUGUCAUUCGAAGUUGUGUUUCCAUUCGUUAUGUUUCUUCUGAAGAAACCAGAUUUCUUGGGUGGGUUGAACCGCGACCUGGUUUCUAAAAGGUGAUUUCUCACACUAAUCUGGCUUUUAGUUUAAAUGUAAAUCAUAUAGUAGAUAUAAUGCAAUAAUCGAAACAUAAAAGCCCUGCAGUUUUCAAAAGUUUAUUAUACUCAGCAGAGUAUAGCAUCAUUCUAUAAUUUCUCUGAUAACCAGUUUGCUCCCAGAAGUCCAACGUGAAGAUUUCCUUCAGCUUCCAAGACACGUGUUGUGUUGUAUUGCAUUAUGUUUGAAGGUGUUCUUGUUAUUUGUCCAACCCAUGUAGAUCAGUACACAUCUGUUGCACUCAAUAGCUUUUCCACUUCAGGAUUACUUUAUCCCACAAUCUGUGUUCUUUUCCUCAGUCUUUUGUCAUGUUUUCGCUUGCUUUAAUCUGCUUUAAACGACUGUAGUACCACACAAGCGUUGCCUUAUCCCGCAGCUGACUUUAGCUUUUCUUAAAAAAGCACGGCGAUGCUUUCCUCAGACCGAGGAAGCUGGAAAUGUCAGAUGAGUGUCUGUUCUUGACUGUAAAGUCAGUUGCAGGAAUGUCUGCAAGCCAGAUAAAUGUUUACCAACUUACUGUAUCUUGCGAGGCUGGUGACAAAACAGCAUCACAGCCAAGUCACUAUUGAUUUUGUUCACGUCAGGGUUUAAUACUUCAUCUCUCUAUACACACCAAUGAACCGGUAUUAUCUCUCAUAUGCAGGCACCACAUAAACAUGCUGUUUGUCUUUUGUGCUCGCUCCAUCAAAAAGGGAAUUCAUGUUUGUGCUCUUUGUGUUGUAGCCAUUUACAAUCCUACAUUUUAUAAUGUGUAUUUGCACCCAACAUGGCAACAAUCACCUGUGUGUAAAGUACCUCAGGGAGGAGAGGUGUUUUUAAAGCUGUACACUGGACCUGAAAAACUUGUCACAUGACUCAGGUAAACAAAGCUACCAGCAUUCAUUGAUCCUGUAUUUUUGUAUUUUAAAAUCUGACAUUUCAGUUAUUAUUUUGUUCCCCAUUGAGUGAAAACAUUUAAUAACUUUCAUUCUUUGUGGCAAAAAGUGCAUUCAUGUGAUAUCUUUAUUUCACCUGUUCCCCGAAAUCUCCAUCCAUUAAAAGAACGUAGUUAUUAUUCCUCUUCUAGCAGCGAGUUCCACAACAAGACAGACAGAUUCUCACAAGGUUUGGUAAUACUUUAUAUUUCAUUAGUCCUCAGUGUUUGUACUUUCCUCAAAGACAUAAUUGGCAUCGUUAUCAAGACUGUAAACAAAACACAGAAUGAUGUGGAUUUCCGGUAGAAAGGCACCAUUAUCAAAAUAAAGCAGAACAUUUGUUUUUACUCUGGAGUGUUUACGUGGAGGGACCAUUGUUCAUGGCUUUGGCUGGAUCUGUUCAAGUGGAAGCUGAAACUCAGUUGGAUAUCUCAGACGUCUCAGGUCCUCCUCCACCUGACACACAAAACAGAGCCCACAUGUCACCAAUGUCUAAUUCGGCAGGAUUUCCACAAGACAGUGGCUUAUCCUUUUUACAGUUUCUGGGAACAAUGAAUGCAUGAGUACCAUUUUUAUUUAAUUAGAACAUCCUGAUGUUUCCCACAAGUCUCACCUGUAUAAACUAUGGCGACUAACAUCAGUAAAACUAGAAUAGCUAAACAUCUGCACGUUAGUUUUGUCAUGUGAGCAAGUUAGCACGCAGAUGUUAGCAUUUAGCUCAAAGAGCUGCUAGCUGGGCAGAAGACUUUUUUUUUUUUUAAUGAGCUUAAAUUAUCUAAUUUCUGCUCUAACAUUUUUCAUAUUUUAGCACAUGUCCAAUAACAUGUUCGUCCGACAUUUGUAUUUGUUCAAAAUGUGUUAGUGAGGUAGAUUGUGACUAAAGGGACCAACCUCAGCCAUCUCAUCCUUCAGUUCAUUGUAUUUCUCAACGUUGAAUUUGUUCUUGCCGGCCGCCUUAUAAAAGUAACGCAGGAACUGUCUGUCUUUAACGUCUGGAUAUAAAUAAUCCUGAGAGGAAAGAAGAAAGUGGACUUGUUAUUAAUGUGGCGAGGAAACACAUAUCUGCACACAUAAGCAACAGAGCUUUAAGUUUUAAUAACCAUUUUAAAAGGAAUGGAGUCAGUGAACAUAGACACCACUGCCAUAUCUGUCUGUUGAAUAUGAAUAGAUAAAUAAAGACUGGAAAAAC